AUGCGCGCCCAGAAAAUUGGUCAUGAAGAUUUGACUAAGAAAUUCGACUUGCGAAUGUUGCGAACCCUCAGUUUUGUUUUUAUGGAACAUUUGAAGGGGCAACUAAAAGAUAAACCAGCAGCAUUUGCUUUUGACUGUAAUUUACUAAAAAAGAAUGUCGGUGAUGAUUUUGGCAGUAUGAGUGUUGAGGAUUUGUUUCCAUACUUCUGCUCUGAUCAGAGGAAAAGAAUAACCGAUAUGUUUCAUGGAGAUAUGCCUCCUUCUAUGAAGCAAAAGAAACAAAAACAAGCCUCUGAGGACUCAAUUUGA